GCAACAUGGGUGGGAGGAGGUUACAUCAACGGAACAGCGGAAGUGAUCUUUGACCCCAAGCAAGGACUGAUCUGGUGCCAGGCCCCUUUCGGAUACUCCACCAGCCUCCUUCUCGGAGGGCUUUUCUUCGCGAAGAAGAUGCGUUCUGAAGGGUACGUGACGAUGCUGGACCCGUUCCAGCGGCGGUACGGAGAGAGGAUGGGCGGGCUGCUCUAUCCCGCUCUGCUGGCAGACGUCUGCUGGUGCGGCGCCAUCCUGGCUGCUCUCGGCACGACCUUGACCGUGAUCCUUGAGCUGGACGUGAACGUGUCCAUCCUGAUCUCCGCCGCCAUUGCCGUGUCCUACACGCUCUUCGGGGGGCUCUUCUCUGUCAUCUACACUGACGUCAUCCAGCUCAUAUGCAUAUUCAUAGGACUGUGGAUUUCUGUCCCGUUUGCCAUGACCAACCCUCUGGUGUCGAACAUCGGGACCACCACGUGGAACCGGCUCCUGUACACCCCUGUUAACGACUCCUCCAACAUCACAACCUUCAACGCGACCGAGACGAACGGCUGGGUCGGGGUCUGGGACAUGAAGAGGACCGGAUAUUGGAUCGACCACGCCCUGCUGCUGGUAUUUGGUGGGAUUCCGUGGCAGGCCUACUUCCAACGCGUCCUCUCCUCCAAGUCCCCGGCGCGUGCGCAGAUGUUGUCCAUCGCAGCCGGCAUCGGCUGUUUCCUGAUGUCCAUCCCGUCUGUACUGAUCGGUGCCGUCGGUGCUUCUACAGACUGGCCGGCGACGGAAUACGGUAAGGACCCGUCCGUGGAGGGGGACAAACGUCUAGUCCUGCCGCUGGUGAUACAGAACCUGACGCCGACCUGGGUGGCGUUUCUCGGGCUCGGCGCCGUCUCAGCAGCCGUCAUGUCGUCCACGGACUCAUCAGUACUCGCCUCCAGCUCCAUGUUUGCCAAGAACGUCUACAAACCGCUCUUUAGGCAGAAGGCGUCAGAGACAGAGAUUGUGUGGGUGAUGCGGGCUGCUAUCUUCGCCGUGGCUGCCUUGGCGUCUGUUCUGGCCAUCACGGUCAAGUCCGUCUAUGGUCUGUUUGUGCUGUGCUCGGACCUGGUGUACGUGGUGGUGUUCCCGCAGCUGGUGUGUGUUGUGUACCUGAAGUUCACCAACACGUACGGCUCGCUGUGCGGGUACAUCUUGGGGCUGGUGCUCCGGCUAGGGGGAGGGGAGGAUCUCCUACAUGUCCCAGCGCUCAUCAAGUACCCAUAUUACGACGAGACUACGGGAAAACAACUCUUCCCCUUCCGAACCCUGGACAUGAUCUGCAGUUUCCUCGCCAUUAUCCUCGUCUCACACUUAACCAGGCUGCUCUUCGAGAAGAAGAAAAUCCCGCUGAAGUACGACAUUGCAGGCUGCUUCAGCGACAAGCCAGCGCCUACCAGUGAAUCAAAUAACGCUCAAGAACUGGAGACCAUGAAAUAACCACGACCUUAGACCUGAAGAUGAUUCUCUUAAAUUGGCCUUUUUGAUUCUGAAAUGAAUGAACCAGUCUACUACUGCUACUAUUCCUGCUACUGCUACUACUGCUACUACAACUACAACUACAACUACUGCUGCUGCUACUACUACUAC